GGUAGACGUACAAGCAGCAGGGGACAGGGUGAUUGAAGGGUAGGAGUCUAUAGUGAACGCAACGGCAGAGAGAGUAGCGAGAAAGAAGGUGGUACGAUGUGGGGUAUCGGUUAAGUGGUGGGAUGACGAGCUGAAAGAAGAAAUAGGGGAACGUAGAGAAGUCUUCAAGCAGUACCUGAGUGAGGCGUCUGAGGAGAGUUGGGAAAAGUACAGGGCCAAGAGAAAACAGGUGAAGGGACUAGUGAAAAAGAAGAAAAAGUGUAUUUGGGACGAAGUAGUGCAGAAGGCCAACGGAGGUCUGGAGGGAAACGUCAAGCAGAUGUGGGAAGGGAUUAGUGGAAUGGUAAAAAAGACCGCGCAAGGGGGGGAUACAGGGGUAGCAACUUUGCGAGGUGUGAACAGUGGAUGAGUCAGCAGAAGGAAGGGAAAACGGAAGUUUUAGCAGGACACUACAAGAGACUUGGAGUGCCCUCGGAGAGUGAAUCUUUUGACCAAGUGUUUAAGAAGGAGGUGGACGCAUGGGCCCAAAAAGCCGAAGAGACAUCGAAGGCAGACGUUGGGAACAUAGAACUAGGAAAGGAGUUCACUGAGGACGAGGUUGGGGCGUGUGUGAACAAGCCGAAGUGCCACAAAGCAGCAGGAGUGGAUGGGAUAGUCAACGAAUUCAUGAAGUUUGGGGGGAAGGGGAUGAUCCAGCUGAUGGUACUGCUAUACAGUUGGGUGUGGAAAAUCGAGUAUACGCCAAGUAGACGGGGGGAAGGAGUAGUUGUGAACUUGUUCAAGAAAGGAGACAAGACUGACCCAGGAAACUACAGGGAGAUCACACUGUUCAACACAGCAGGAAACGUGUUCUGUAAGCUGCUGAACGAUAGGAUAGUGGAAGUAUUGGAGAAGGAACAUAGCAUUAGUGGGGGCCAGGCAGGUUUCCGAAAGAGGGGGUGCGUAGACCACGUAUUCACGGUAGGGAGAAUCAUCCAUCACGUAGACAGGGGGCGGGAAAGCCGACGUGCUGCUUCUUCCUGGACGUGAAAAAGGCAUACGACACCGUAUGGAGCAAUGGGUUGUGGAAACA